AUGGUCUGCUCACGGCGGGAAGAGGAUCCGGGAGCAAUGGCCGCAGGCAGAAAACAACUUCUCUUCCCUCGUCUUGCUAAAUGUGCAGUGAACAAUACCCAAACAUUGCAAUUCACUGACUCCAUUACUCCACCUCCGACACUCAGUCAUCCUGAAACACCCCUCGUGACACGGGCAACAUUGCAACACGACGCCAUGGCAGGCAGUGCUCUGCGGGGCUCAAACUCGACAGUGUUUCCUUCCUCCACAUCAGUUCUCAGCCCCUGCUUGGCCGCACCACAACCUGCUCUCGCACCAACCCUACACAGAACCACACCAAGAAAAAUGGCCAGCUCCGCCCUUGCCCCCCUCGUGCAGACCCUCCAGGAAAGCCUCCGCUCCAGCGACGUCAGGAGUUGGAUCUCCGGCCUCGACCUCAAGACGGGCGGCCUCAUCAUCCUGGUGGUGGUGGCGGUGCUGUUCCUGCUCGACUUCUUCACCAAGUCCUACGCGCCCUACGGCAGGAGUUGGGUGGCCACUGCUGCCAAUGCCUGGCUUGAAAGGGACCCACUGCAGCCCAUUGACAGUUUCCGUGGAAGCCGAUCCCUGGAGCCCCUGACGGAGGUCCUAGACGCCCUGGCCACGGCUGCUGUAAAAUGGGGAGACGCCGAGACCCCAGCUGUCAAAAGCCGCGCCCUUUAAACUCAAGGUGGCGUGGGUCUGGUUCUCUCAGGGACGGCGCGUUUUAUGAGCUGCUGCUGGCGGCGGUGACUGAAAGCGGAGCGGACCUGCAGGAGUAACCACAAGAAAGGAGCUUCUCAUUGUCUAUAUAUAUAACUAAACAAUGUCGCCAUGUUGAUGAGUCUGUUCGGACUAGAAACUAUUUCUUUCGUAAUGGAAGUAUCACAGGCUCAACUUCUAAGUAUUAAAUCUAUUUUUUAAGAGUUAUGUUCGCACUGAAUAAUAAAAUGUUUUGUUGUCUG